GCAUUCACUGGAGGGGCGCGCGUUGCGCCUCCCACUCCUCCGCGCAUUCCAAGCUCCCAUGGACAGCCUGGGUGGGUCUGGGCGCACAGUCGCCUCUCCCACCCCCUCCUCUCCCCCAGGUAUGCGAGCGAGGCAGUGCGCAUGCCCUCUGCCUGGGUGUGGCGUGUGCGCCUUGGCGAGGGCAGUUCUUUAAGAGCGACUGAGGAGGUUGGGAGAGAACUCUCGCACCUGUCGAAAGAGCUUCCGCUAUGUCGUCCAGACCUUUUGAAAGUCCGCCGCCUUAUCGACCCGACGAAUUCAAACCUUCACAAUAUGCACCAAGUAAUAAUACAUACGGUGGUGAAUUCCAUUCCCAGCCCAUGUUCUCCCAGCCAGCAUAUUCCUACUAUCCAGAAGAAGAAGUGCAACGCUUCUACAAAUGGACGUCCCCUCCGGGAAUCAUCAAGAUCAUGUCAAUUCUCAUAAUAGUGAUGUGUGUUGGUGUCUUUGCUUGUGUUGCUUCCACACUAGCUUGGGACCUAGACAUGUAUGGAAGUUCUCUGGGGACUGGUAUGGCAUAUCCUAGCUACGGAGGAUCUGGUUUUGGAGGUGGCUAUGGUUAUGCCUAUGGAAGUUAUGGUUAUGGAGGCAGUGCUUAUGGCCUUGGAGGAAAUUAUAUCGAACCUCGGGCAGCAAAAGGCUUUAUACUUGCAAUGUCAGCUAUCUGCUUUAUUGCUGGACUGGUGGUUUUUGUCACAAGUGUUACCAAGAAUAGUAUAGCCAAGUCAACGAAGUAUUAUCUCAUAAUCAUCAUAGGAAGUGCUGUCUUGCUGUUCUUGAUGUUCAUUGCUACCAUAGUAUAUGUCAUGGCAGUCAACCCAACUGCACAAGCUUCAGGAUCGAUGUUCUACAAUCAAAUUUAUGCCCUGUGUAGCCAAUAUUAUGCUCCUACAAGUGCUGCACUCUUUGUGAAUCAAUAUUUGUAUCACUAUUGUGUGGUGGAACCUCAGGAGGCUAUCGCAAUUGUCUUAGGAUUCCUGAUUGUUGUAGCUUUAAUCAUAAUAAUAUUCUUUGCGGUGAAGACACGGAAUAAGAUAAGAACCCAUGGUAAAAUAAAUAUCCUAUGGGAUCAUACAAAAGAUUAUGAAGAAGCUCCCAAUGUAGAAGAAUGGGUGAAAAAUGUAAAUGUGGAACCUUCAUUACCCAUACCUGUAACUGACUACCCCGACAGAGUUGCUAGUUCAAUGGCUUACUCAGCUUCUGAUAGUCCUGCACAUCGUAUCUAUCCUGAAAGUAAUGACAGGUCUACUCUGCCUCGUGAGGGGGGGAACUGGAGUGCCAGACAGACUGAAGCAGUGUUAUGUGGAAAUCAGCUGGCUGCUGUGAAACAGGAGAGGAUGCUUGGAACUGUCGAUCCCUUAACAAAACAGUCUCAGUAUGCCAAUACUAACUGUUACAAUAAGGCAACUAAGGAUCCAGCACAAAAAAGAAAAUCAGGAAGACAGAAAAGAAUCAACACUGACAAUUAUGAUGCAGAUUAUACCACUGGAGGGGAAUCCUGUGAUGAACUGGAAGAGAACUGGGACAGGGAAUAUCCUGCUAUAUCAUCAGACAAUCAGAGACAAACAUACAAGCAAGACUUUGAUGCAGGGCUGCAAGAAUAUAAGCGUUUGCAAGCAGAGCUUGAUCAAAUAAGUAAAGAACUUUCUCGUCUUGAUAAAGAAUUAGAUGACUACAGUGAAGACAGUGAGGAAUAUAAGACUGCUGCUGAAGAAUACAACAGAUUGAAGGAAAUCAAAGCAUCAGCCGACUAUAAGAAUCGAAAGGUGCACUGCAAGAUGCUGAAGAGCAAACUAUCGCACAUCAAACGGAUGGUCACUGAUUAUGAUAGUCGCAAGUCAUAACAAGGGGGAGGAGUGUUUGCUUAAAUGUGUACAUUUUCAUAAAGCUAAAUGCAGUUGUUUUGGAUCACAGAUAACUGAAGAAAGCCCUUAUUUCUUUUUUUUUAACUUUACAACUGCACACAUUUGUGCCACGUUAAUAUGAAUCUGAACUUUGGCACUCCAUAUAUGGGAACCUUUGCAUUUUUCAUUGAGGAAUUUUGCUCUGUACAUCCUUUACAUCCUGUUGGCCUACUAUAUAAUGGAAUUGUUUUUUGAGAAUUGUUUAUCUUCCAUUCCCGUGGUGGCGUAUGCUCCAUUUUCCUUGGUGUGUUUUAUGUGCCUUCCUAAAAGCAGUUGAGAAAUACUGGGCAUUGUCUUCCAAUUCCUUUUACAAGCUCUGUUUGUGUUUGUCGUCCUGUUGUAUCUUUCCAAAUGCCAUUUACAAUGUGGAUUAGGUGCUUUUACUGAAAUACUAAUUUUGCUGCUUCACAAGUUUUGAAAGCAACUUUUUUUGUAAUUAGGGCAUCUGUGAAUGUCAAAGUAAUAAAAUAACAUUUUUAAAUAGCAUAAAGGUGUAUCUAAAUUCUGCCAGUGUUGCUCAUCCAGCAUAUUGCAGUAAUUACAAUGUGAAACUUAAUGUAAAUAUAUUUACUCUUUUUUAAAGAAAAAUCUCAAUUUGUAUUUUUAGACUACAUUUUUAUUGUCCAAAUGUAAUUUUGAGUAAUCAUAGUUAAUUACCCAAGUGUCUUAUGUGGGUUGCUCUUGAUAUUCUUUAUGCAAAUCAUCAAGUAUUGUUUGAUUAUUUUAACUUGCCAAAGUGUAGACCACUCUGUAGUGCAAUAGAUUUGUCAUGGUCCAAGUAGAAUGUAAACCAAAGUAGAUAUGAUGAAUGUUCUUUAAAAUAACCUUGAUGACUCCCUUUUAAUGUAAGGAUAGUUCUCAAAAGCGCAGAGUCAAGAAAAAGAAAAUGGUCAGCAAAACUGGUGCUCAGUCUGUCUUUAGAGUGACUAGAGUUAAUCAAUUCAUCAAUGUUUUGUCUGUAAGGUUGCUAGGUCCCUCUUGGCAACUAGUGGGAGGUUUAAGCAGGAGGGUUGUGGGGCCACAAUUGGUACCACCUAUAUGAUGACAUCACUUCCAGUUUAUGUAGAUGUGCUGGCACUCGUGAAAAAACUAUGGUUUCCUUAGAGUUUUGGGGGAGAGUACAAGAAGCGUCCCUCUGUGUGAUGUUGGUUCUUCUGCAUAAACUGUAAGUGAUGUCAUCAUGCAGGGGAUUCUGAUUGUGCCCCCUUUCUUCCCCUGGCUUUCUUCCCAGUUGAGUGUUGGCAAGCAGAUGAAUCAAUCGUUGGAUGAUUGCCCAUUGUUUCUGGGCAGUUGGGAACCCUAUUUAUCUGCCAGUUCUGUUAGGACUGGGGUUUGAUUUCACCAGCCUGAUACUGUAACCACUGUGCUGUGUGUCACAUUGUUGGAGUGAGGGUUGUAUUUAGCUAUAUAUAAACUUGGUUCUGGAAAGAGCUUUUCCAGCAGGGACCACAAACGGACUGUUCUAUACUUGUUCUGUACCACAGAAUGCUGUGGUAGCUUACAGACCCACUGUGAAUACAUGUGAUUCAACUGUGCUAGCAUUAGUGUAUUAAACUUUUUAAACCUGAAUUGAUUAAUCAUCAUGUACAAUGUAACAUGACUUUCUGUAUUAAUUGUAACUGUGCUUAGUGAGACGUAAAGAUGAUGACAAAAUACUGGUGCUCUUAAAACUGUAGUUUGCAAAUGUGGCUCCCUGCAACCCUCAAGAAAUACCUGAAAUGAAGUUGAAAUGAAAACUGCUCUCACCCUUUCUGUGAUGUUGACUGUUCCAACGAUGCAGCCUUACUGAUACAACCAGAUCUUUCCCUGCUUUUUAGAUUAGCCAGGGGGAUUUCGAUAACAGGAAAUAUUCCAUAUGGAUGCAGGGCUCUGGAUUCCAGCUGGUGUUUGAAAGGUUUAAAAAGAGAAAACCAGGCUAUGAAGAAUUAAUAAAUGUAAUUUUUAUGAACAGAA